AUGAAUUCAGAAAAUUUAAAUCCGCUUACUAGGCAAUUUGAGAUAUUAAAUUCAAAUGAUAAAGCAGCAUUAUUUUAUUUAUCAAGUAAAUUAUAUACAUAAUUUAUAAGGGGAUUAUUCUAAAGAAGAAUUAGUGAAACUAGCAAUAAAUUUAUAAAAAAUGAUCAUAUAAGAGUAAAAUGAUAAAAUGAAUUUAAAGAAGUAGAUAAGUAAUUUGAGUCAAUAAUCACCAAAACAGUUUAUUGAAGAGAGUGAAGCAAAUCAUUAAAGUCAAUUAUGCGAUAUUGCAAUAUAAAAAUAUAAUUCCCUAAUUAUCCAAUAUGAGAGACUCUUUUAAGCGAAUAAGGAAAUAUCUGAAAAAUAUUCAAAUAUAGAAGAUUACUAUUAAGCUAGAAUUGCUGACUUAAAAAAAUAAAAUGAGGAGAUUUAAAAACAGUUAUUUUUAUAUCAAGAAGAGAUUUUUAAAGCCUAAGAUAAAUAGAGAUUUCCGUUUCCUUAGAACACUAAAUAUGAGGGGGAAUUUAAAUAAUUGUCAAAGAAAUAUGAAAGUGUUUAAUAAUAAUGUUAAGAAGCUAUCAAAAUAUUUUAAUCGGAAGUUGAAAAAAAACAAAAAAAUAACGACUAAAUUUUUGAGAACAUUUUGGCUCAAAUCGACUAGAUGAAUCAAGUUAUAGAGGAGUUGAAUCAAUAAUAUAUACAUUUUUAACAAACAAAUAAUGUCAAAGACGUUUAGAUUAAUAAUGUAUUGGAAAAUCAUUAAAGUCUCUUAUAAUUAAAUCAGAUUAGUUUGAGUUAUUUUAAGAAAAGUUUGGCAUUAAUGUAGCAAGGUAUCAAGAAUCAAGAGAGAAGAAUUACUUUAUUAGAAAAAGAGAAUAAUAAAUUAAAAGAGUAUAUUUAAAAUCUAAUCAAAAUCGGUUAGAAGGAGAUAGAUGAAAAUAAGGAAUUUAUUUAGUCUUUAAUUCAAAGAUAAAAUACAAGGUUUAAUUAAUCGAAUACUAAUUAAAUAAUAGACAGUUAUCAUAAGUUUAAAGAUACAUUAAGAUUGUUGAAUGUAGAAUUCUAUUAGAUUUUGUUAUAGUUUAGUUCUUAAGGCUUAACUAUUUCAUAGUUGUAAGUGAAAUUUAACAAUUAAAACAAAUUAUUGGACAUCAUUAAGGAAAAAACGAGAUUCCUUUAAGAAAACUCCCCUUCAAACUUUUAAUAAUUAAUUGUACUUAUGGGUUAAUUUAAGGAGAUCUUUAACAGCCUCAAAUAAUACAUAGAUGCUUAAAACUAGCUCACUGAUGUUUUCUGUAUUUAGGAUAAAUUCUUUGAAUCUUAUGAAAAGGUAGUAUAAAAAUUAUAGGAGACGGAAUAUCCUUAAUUGAAUUGAUGAGCGAUAUUAAAC